AGAGAGAGAGAGAGAGAGAGAGAGCAUGUUAAACAAAUAUGUGUGAUUUGUGCCUCUGUUUUUUUCUGACUCUCUAUGAAGGAGGCCAAGCAGCUGCAAGCAGGAGAUACUGCUGUUCUGCCAAGUAUCAGUGAACUCGAAGCAGCAGAGCAGGAGGCAGCCCGGUUGGGCGGUACGACCGUCAUCCAUUUCCUGCACGUGGUAAUACUUGGUGCGGCACGCGUUGGAAAGACCAGCUUGCUGAAGGCGUUGCUUGAGAAGAUGCACAAUGAGAAUGAACUCAGCACACCCGGCAUGCGCACGUCCUACGCAACUACAAACAUCUCUGAUGACUGUCGAUUCAUCGAAUGCCCAGACAUGCCAGAUGCUCUGAGUCGACUCUACGUCAUCACCAUGAUGUGCAAACCAUCCACUUCGAAUCAUCCCCAAGACAAAGAGACAACACAAGAUGACAGAGAGAGAGCCCCAGCAGGAGAGGAUCCUGUGGCUGGGACCCAUGCAGGACCUAUGGAGGACAGCAGUAGCAGCAGCAGCAGAAGCAGCAGCAACGGGCCAGCAAUGCGCGAGGAAAUCCACGAGACCAUCACAGGAUUUCUCAACGCAGACCGGGUAAAGUACAUCUCUGACCGGGCCAACACGCCCAACUAUACCGUCAUCACAUUCCGCGACCUUGGAGGGCAAGAAGUCUACCAAUCCGUACAGCCCCUCUUCAUGGCCAAAAACACAGCCUUCAUUGCCACAUACAACUCUUCUCUGGAUCUUCUAGAGACCCUUCCCAAGUUCGAUGAAUUUCAGGUCAGCCGGGAAGAAUGUAUCGAGCGGGCCACUCUACCGGCCAAUGCGACUCGCCUAGACCAGCUGCUCGGCUGGCUCGACAUGCUGCUGCUGAAUGCGAAAGCUGACAGCAGCACAGACCAGAGUGCUGCAGAUGAUGUGUUUGUAGUGGGGUGUCAGAGUGACAGGUGGAACAAAACCGAUUUGCCUGAUCCUUGUAAGCUACUUCAAGAGAAGAUAAAAGGUACGCGGUACCAGAACCUUGUCUGGAACGACACUUCGCACUUCAAAAUCGACAACACCAGAUCCACUGGAAGUGCAGGACAAGCAGAUGAGCUGCAGCGAUUGAGAGAGGCCAUCAUCGACCGCUGCCAGAAGAGCCAACGUAACAUCCCUGUUCCAUGGCUCCGAUUCUGCAUAUCCAUACACACGCUCAAGCAGGAGGUCACUUGGCCUUGGAUUUCCUUCAAGGAGGCAAAGUUCAUAGCGAAGCAAGUCAAGGCUGUUCCACAUGACUGCAGUGACCGGCAAAUACAGCUGCUGCUGAAGUACUGCCACGAAGCAGGCCACCUGGCGUACUUCCCAACUUUCAAGCUGAAAGACACGGUCAUCCUGGAGCCCCAGUUCAUCCUGGACUGUGUCAAUGCCUUUGUCUACAUGAAGCCUGACCGAGACAUCACAGUGCACGAAGCGCGGUGCUAUCGUUCUGGGUUCAUGACGGAGUCCCUGGCACGCAAAGCUCUCAACAAGAUGUUCGAGGGUCAGUCUUACUGCGACCAUGCUAAGGCGUGGCAAGCAGUCAGAGCAAGCAGUGAUGGGUUCAGGCUCAUUUUUGAAAUCCUAGAAUGGCUCUCAGUCCUGGUAAUUGUGCAGGAUGAGAGGUCUGCUGAGCACGAGUUUAUUGUACCUGCAGUCGUCCUGGAGAUGGGCACGGACCCGCAAACGCCUUGUUCCUGUGCCUAUGUGUCCAUGAAGCACACAAACCGAGAUGAGUUGAUGCACUUUCCCGUGUUCCUGUAUUGGCAAUGCGUGGUGGAGGUGCUGCUUAAGUCACACAAGCGCUCGGCUGCCACACUGUCACGGUGCAGCGUUCGCCUUCGCUGGAACAGAGAUUGGCCGUGGCUGCACCUGCACUAUACACGCUACGGCUUACAAGUGUACGUCGAGUGCAAGGGCCGACACGGCGGUAGCGGAAAGUCUACGCUGGAUGAAGUCCGGGCAAUCGUGCUCACAGUGGUACGGAAGUGGGGCCUGCAGGUCGAAGUGAUCAGCACAUUGCCAUGCCCCUGCGGAGAGACAUCGGGCGAGGAGUGUUUACAGCAUGGCUUAUCUACGUGCCGCGCGCCAAGCUGUGCGCACGCCUUGGACGCUUCCACCCUAGUGGCUGAAGACUACCCACUGUGUACACGUUCAAAUCCGGAUAUACAGAUGAUCCGUGAGCAGGCCAUGUUCUGGCUGGGCCUUGACCAGGAUGCAUGUGGAAAGCUGUUUGACCCGAGAUCGGCCUCUCUUCCUUCAGCAGAAGCCUGUGCCAGUGUGGGCAGUAGAAGUGGUGGUCAAGGUGCUGGUGGAAGCGGUCAUCACAGCGCUGGUGGAAGCGGUGUUCACGACGCUGAAUUCAUGUCACUUGGUGCCAUUGGUGGAAAGACACUUGAUCAGAUUGCCAACCGGCAUGCGUUUGUUAGCUCGAUUGAACCGUUCAUCGGUGGAGAGGAGAAAGGCGACGAGAGAGGUGAGGAUGAGAAGUCGUACGGCGACCCAUUCCAACAGCGUGCGUUUCUAACCGAUAUUUCGCCUUGGUUGGGCAAAUUACCAGCGGGAACAUUUCGUAAGAUGGCGCAAGAGGCCGGGUUCUUCGCCGAUCUGGAGCAGAUAGAAGACUUGAAGAGGAUUGAGGAACGGCGUGGACCACGCACUCACAACGAGGAGUUGGUCAACAUUGUACGCAGCGAGGAACAGGCCGGCUACAUCAAGCUGGUGAAGGUCAUCAAACGCUGGGGUCAAUAUCCCGACAAGGUCGACAAGAUGAACCAGCUUCUGCCACGGCAGGAUCAUGUGUAAACGAUUGACGUUUCAAACAAUUCACGCAGCAAGUGCUGGUACUGUUCUCUCUCUCUUUCUCUCUCUCUCUCCCUCUCUCUCCCUCUCCCUCUCUCUCCCUCUCUCUCUCUCUCUCUCUCUCUCUCUCUCUCUCUCUCUCUCUCUCUCUCUCUCUCUCUCUCUCUCUCUCUCUCUCUCCGUUGUGUGUUAUCUAUCUUACUGACUGGCUAUGCUAUCCGUCAAAUCCAUUCCUCCAUUCUUCCUUGGUCAUAUCUGCCAAUUUUUAGCAACAUUAUGUUUUCUUGAUCGCCACCCCACUAAAUAUACGUAAAUGAAAUAGUCUAGUAUGUUAGACAGUAGAGACAGCUAAUUGUAGAGGACCACACCAGGUUACUACGCUCGUUGCAGAAUUACUACUUAUAGUCAUGCAGAUACAUGAAAUUUUUCUUUUGAAUUUGAUGAAUACAUAUAUUGGAAUAUUUUCACUAGGCCGGAGUCCUCAACCUCAUUUGGCCGAGGAGGUUUGAAUAUUUUAGAGAUAUAUUUCAAGUUAGUCUUUAUUUCUACAUUCCAGUCACUUAUAGAUAUACAAACUCAUUCCAGCAGCUGAUGUAAUACUCUAGGUUACUCUACCCUGUAUGAGCCCAUGAUGAGAAGGGAACGAAAACGUUUGGUUCAGAAAAUCUUCCAUUUAUUCUUCUA